GUAUAAUAGUCAACGCAUGUUUCUUGAACCGGGGGAUUAUCGAGCGUGGACUUCACCGCAUCGUUCCAAGUCUUCCCUUUUGGCUCUCUCGUACACCAACACCGUUAUUUCAUACGGGGGAGGACGGGAGGGGGCUCAACGUUCUUCCGUUGACCAGCGUUCUCAACACGAUCUUAGAUGUCGAUUUGGUGUCGCUUAUGGCUCUCUUUUAAGAUCUUAUGACCAAAACAUUUGUUACCCUUCUUGUUGUCCACCUGAAAAGGGCAGUUGCUUGAUCUGCAUCCACUGUAGAUGGGCAUACGCUAAGAAGAGGAUGGAGGGGAGAUAGGAACAGAAGGAAGGAAGGAAAGAGAUGGAGGCCUCCAACCUGGAGAGCAAUCAGAAAAGUGCAUGAGAGAGGAUGGGGGUUUGGGAGGCAUCAUCUUUGUCUUGCUUCUCUCUGUGAGUUGUUGGAGUCACAGAACAACCAUGGCGAGGCUGGUGAGAUGCCCCAAAUGCCAUAAGCUUCUCGUGGAGUAUCCUAAUGUUCCCGUAUACCAGUGUGGGGGAUGUGGAAUCGCACUUCGUGCAAAGAAUCAAGAUGACACAGCAGAAAAUGCCGCCCCAGGAUCGCCCCAAGUCGACCAUCCUGAGAGUCAAUCAGACCAUGGUUUCUCAGAUUCCGGAUCGGCCUCUUCGGUCGUCAGAGCAACAACCCCUGCAACCAUGCAUGACCUCGAAGACGAUCGCCGUGGCAAAGGAAUCGAAGGCGGCGACUCUGAUGCCGGUGGAGCUUCUUCUAGCAGAGUCGAAGACGAGAACGAGCAAGUCGAGAACACUCCGAAGCCCGAUUUAGCCAGUGAAGUGGAGCGAUCUUCUCGCUCUGUUGGCCACAGCAGUGCCUCAGAGGAAGAAGACAUGGCUGGCACGGCUCGAGAUGAAGGAAUCUACGAUGCUCUCAAGUCUCCGGCUACGAUGAGCUCCCCUGCGUACGAUGGCAGUGUCUCAUCUUCAGAUGAUGGACGCAGUGCUCGUCAUCUGGCUAUGUCUCGAAGAACUUUUAAGGCCGCCUCUGCCGAGGCCAACCUCGAAUCCAGGUAUCUCGCACCCAAUCCAUCAAAUGAGAGGAACAGCUCGCGUACGAUGCGAAGCUUUGACGCCAUCGGAGAUGGCAGCUCUUCCAGAUGCGGCAGCGAUGAAGUUGGAGGGAUGUCGUCGUUCGACUCCGACGAAUUCCAGUCCACGCACAACUGGAUGGCGCCCGAAAGGACACAUCUGCACGAUAAAGUGGAACUCUUGAGGAAGAUCGAUGAAGUGAGAGACCAUCUUGCAAAGUUCUGCGUCGCGGAUGCUGCUCAAGCCAGAAAUGCCACCUUCCCAAGGAGUCAUUUCUCCGAACAACAAGCCUACUGUUCCUGCUCCCGCUGUCUGCAAGGGCGUCGACCGCACGCGGCAAGUGUCCAUGACCUGCAUUCGCGUUCUUCGAGGUCCGGAAGUCUGCACAAGCACGACGGCCAUGAGGCGGAGAGGUCUGGUCCGAAAGACAAGCCGAAGCGCCAUUGUCGGCCCGUCUCGGGAGCUUCGCCCUUCGUCAUCUGCGACAAGUGCACCAAGUUGCUCCAACUCCCAGCAGACUUCCUCGUAUCGAGAAGGCGGGCGCAUAAGCUGCAGUGCGGUGAUUGCCAUGAAGUUCUCAGUUUGCCGUUUCCUGCCAUGGCUCGAGCUCAUCCUGAGGUGGAGAGGCACAACGAGGCAGAAUUGGGAAGGGACGCGAACUCCAUAGCGGCUCCACGGCUUCACCGGCUCAUGGGGUAUCAGUCCGCCAGUGAUCUGCUGUGCGAGCAACACGAAGACACAUCAACCGUGCGGCAUUCCUUUAGGGCUUCGGAGGCAGGCCGUGCCGGCAGUGAGUUUACAGGAAGAGGAAGCAGCUCUCCGUACCACGAGGAAGGCGAAUCAUCAAGAAGAACCAGAAGAGCCGCCGGACUGCCUCGUCCCGGAAUGCGGAGAGAGGACACGGGGAAUCAAAUCUGAAGCAAGGAUUGAGAACAGAUUCGUUGACUAUUUCGAUUCAACCACCGUGUAAUUGGGGUUGACUCAGAUAGAUGCGAAGCAGCUGCUCUUCGUUUUUUUCCUUAAUUUGAGUGGUUUGACUAGCGGUUGUGAAAUGUAAGACAUAUAUAUCGCUGAUGGACGAUGUCAAUGAAUUAUUUGAUUGCUGCAAUUGUUUGACACAGCAA